AUGGAUUCUAUCCCUCAAGAUGUUCUCCAAGCUGUUACGGAAUGUAACAACAAAGUCGCAGAAGUACAAAAGGAGACAGAGUCCUCCUGUAACAAGGUACGCAUCGACUAUAGAACAAGGAUUGAAACAUUACUUGAGCAACGACAGGAAGUUCUUGACAAAGUAGAAGGAUUUUGGAGCAGCGUUUUGUCUUCCGCAGAAACUCCAUUAAGGCAGUUCUUUAAUGGUACGAUAGAUCCAAAACUUUUGCGAGCAGUAAGAGGGUUUAAUGUUAAGUCAAGUGUUAAAAAUGACUCCCUUUGUCGAUGUGUCUCGAUCGAUUUGAGGUCAAACAUGUUUGCUGAACAAGGAACGAUUCACCGUGAAAUUGAUGCCGAUCUCAAUACUAUUUCGUUAGAGCCUAUUAAGUGGAAGUCUGGAACAGAAAGGGCAUCUCAAGAUUCUCUUUUUAGGUUUUUUACACCAGAGUGCGAUGAUAAGGAACUUGUUGCUGAUGUCUUGGCUGCAUUUGACAAUCUAUUUCAAGAUCCAUUUUUGGCACUCGAAUCUUCUCAAGAUUAA